AUGGAAGAGGGAACACCCAGGGGAUCCAGGGCCCCAAGGAACUUGACCCACCACUCCAAAACCAACCCACGCAUCUCCCCCAAGCCCCACUGGUCCGCUCCGCCGCGCCCGGCUGCCGCGAUGAUCAGCGACGGCCUGCGCACCAAAACCUGCCAGGACCAGCGCGCUCUGGAGCAGAAGUUGGCCCCCCGCUACGCGGCAUUCGCCCGGGCGCCUCGAGAGGACCAGCUGCGGAACCUGACCCUGCUGCGGACCGUCCACGUCGACUUCCUGGUCUCCGGCCUGGGCCGCCUGCCCGUCGAGUUCAUCUGCCUGGACGCCAGCCGCGCGUGGCUCGUCUACUGGAUCGUGCACUCGCUGGCGCUGCUGGACGCGGCGCACCCCGAUGAGCCCUCCCCCGAGGACGUCAUUGCAUUCCUUAGGCGUUGCCAGCACCCCAGCGGCGGCUAUGGGGGUGGCCCCGGCCAGCUACCCCACUUGGCCUCCAGCUACGCCGCCGUCGCCGCCGCCCUCACGAUCGGCGGCCCUGCAGCCCUGGCAUCCGUCCACAGAUCCUCAAUGUUCGACUUCAUCCUCCGGAUGUGCGUGCCGCCGGAGUCGGGCGGCGGCAUGGCGGUGCACGAGGGCGGAGAGGUGGACGUCCGGGGCGCCUACACCGGCCUGGCGGUAGCCCAUAUGCUCGGUUUAGACAAGGGGGCAAUCGCGGAGAGAUCUGGGGUGGUCGAGUAUGUAAAAAGGUGCCAGACACAUGAAGGGGGUUUGGGUGGCGAGCCGGGCAACGAGGCGCACGGGGGUUACACCUUUUGCGGUUUAGCGACCCUGGUGCUGCUGGGUAGGGCGGACGCUUUGGAUUUGCCAAGGCUAGCACACUGGGUUGCUGGUAUGCAGGGGGCAGUGGAGGGAGGGUACAUGGGAAGGACGAACAAGCUGGUGGACGGGUGCUACUCGUACUGGCAGGGGGCCGUGCCGGCACUGCUGAGGGCGGCGGGGGGCGCCCUGGCGGCUCAACUGCCGGUGCCGCCCUUCCUGAGAGGCUGGGGCGGGAAUGAGGUGGUGGGAGAUGGGGGACUGGACUUCGAUGUGCCGGAUGUCAUGGACCUGCCAGAGCUGCCGCGGGCUCUGGGGCCACGGGAGCAGCUCCGGGAGGCGCAGAGGGGGGAGCUGGAGCGGCUGGGCCGGCAGCUGGCCGAGGCACUGGAGGAGGCCGAGCGGGUAGGGGAGGAGGGGGGGUCCGAGGAGGGCCCAGAUACGGAAGGGAUCAAAGAGUCACUACAGGAGGCCAAGGGGGCGAUGGAGGCCGCUGAGGCGUCCGCGAGCGGCUUCCUGACCGAGGAGAAGGCGGAGGAGCUCGGGACGAGGCUGCCGGUGGGCGAGGGGGGGCGGGAGUGGGAGUGGGCGUGGGGGAACGCGGGGGCGCUGCAGUUCUGGAUCUUGAGGAGCUGCCAGUCGAAGAAGGGCGGGCUGAGGGACAAGCCGGGGAAGGGGGCAGACUAUUACCACACGUGCUACUGCCUGAGCGGGCUGUCUGUGUGUCAGCAUGGGAGCGGGCUGGUGCUGGGCCCGCAAGAGAACCUGCUGGUGGCCACGGACCCCGUUGUGAAUGUGGUGAGGCACAGGCUGGCCGAGGCGCUGCAGUUCUUUGGAGACAGGCCCUUGUAG